UCCCGGCUUUUGUAAUAAAAGUGAAAAUUAACAAACAAUAGAUUAUAAAAUCAUUAUUUAAUUCGAUGUGCGCUGGUGGAUCGUGAUGUAUUCUUCAGCUAAGAAGUUACAACGCGUGCUCUCCUCAGGAGAAAUUCGCAAAACGUUCAUUGACUACUUUACAAUAAAUCAUGACCACAAAUUUGUACGUUCCAGUCCGGUAGUGCCAUUCUGUGAUCCCACUGUGGCCUUUGUUAAUGCGGGCAUGAAUCAAUUUAAGUCGGUUUUCUUGGGCAAGAGUCAAGCGCCCUAUCCCCGUGUAACCAAUUCACAGAAAUGUGUUCGAGUUGGUGGCAAACAUAAUGAUCUCUCUGUGGUCGGACAAGAUGGCUAUCAUCACACAUUUUUUGAAAUGUUGGGAAACUGGUCGUUUGGAGAUUAUUUUAAGCGAGAAGCUUGCGAAAUGGCUUUCCAGCUUUUACGUGGCCCAUUUAAUAUUGAUCCUGGUAGGUUGUAUGUAACUUAUUUUGCAGGCGAUAAGGUACUUGGUUUGCCUGCCGAUUUGGAAUGCUUCGAGAUUUGGCGCAGUUUGGGAUUUCCCGCUGAACGUGUCUUGCCAUUUGGCUGCAAGGAAAACUUCUGGGAGAUGGGAACAACUGGCCCAUGUGGUCCAUGCACGGAAAUACACAUCGACCAUUGUCCGACUGUAAGCAAGAGUCACGAACGUGCGAAAUUCGUUAAUGCAGAUAAGCCAGAUUUAACAGAAUUGUGGAAUUUAGUUUUUAUACAAUACAAUCGGAACGAAGAUGGAUCUGUUACACAAUUGCCUGCACAACAUGUAGACACUGGUAUGGGGUUUGAGCGAUUGACUGCCAUUUUACAACAGAAAACAUCCAACUACGAUACGGACCUAUUCACGCCGAUUUUCAAAACCAUUCAGAAGAUUACAAACGCUCCCCACUACGCGGGCACUUUUCCAACUGGUACUGAAAUCGCUGCUUUGGACACAGGGUACAGAAUUUUGGCAGAUCAUGCUCGUAUGAUUACGACAUGCUUGGCAGAUGGCAUGUUACCGGAUCAAAAUCAAAAGCUUCGAAGAGUACUGCGCAAAUCAUUUACAAUAAGCGAAAACAUAUUUGCAAAUGAGAAAUUAUUGUCGCAACUUAUACCAAUAGUUGUAGAGACGAUAGGCACGGCAUAUCCAGAAAUGUAUAACAAGCAGAAUUCUAUACUCGAGUUAAUAGCACACGAACAAGAAGUUUUUAAGGCGCUGCGAGAAAGCUCUUCGAAAGCAUUUGUUGAGGCGUUAACUGAGUUCCCUAACUUGGAGGAUAUUGACUUGAUGGAGUGUCCCGGUUUUGUACCCGCCUACCGGGAAUUUCACGCGCAAAAAGAAACCUUUAAAAAUAAUGUAUUGCCUGGUAAAUUUCUAUACAAGCUUACUGACACUUAUGGUUUGACUGAAGAUAACUUUAAAAAGCUGGCGGAGUUGGAAAACAUGGAAUGCGAUUUGCAUGGUUAUCUCGCUGAAAUAACAAAUGCUAAAAUGAAAUCGAAAGCCUCAUUAAACGGUCAAAAUGCCAGUAGCGAAGAUAAACUCGCCAAUCAACGACGUGACAUCGAAGCAAUAAUGCAGUUCACCAAAAAAUUAAAUCCCACCGAUAAUAGUUGGAAAUACUGUUACAAAUAUGAUGUAGAUGAUAAAAAGUACAAUAUUCCCCCUCUUUUGGCUCAGGUUACUGGCAUGAUUUACCGGGGUGCGGAAAUGGACACAGUGAAAUUGAAUAAUUUAGUGCCCGAAGGGGAAUUGUUAUACAUUGUAACAGACGUCAGCAACUUUUAUUAUGAAUCCGGCGGUCAGCAAGGGGAUUUCGGUGCAAUCCAAUUGACGAGUGAAACGAAUGAUGCUAUCAACCACCAACUGCCGGUCGUGGAAGUAAAAUGUAUAAAUGAUUGCAUUGUACAUGUAUGUAAAUUGCCGAAAGUGGAAAAGGAGAUCAUAUUGAAGACGGGUGCUCAUGUGCAUAUUUUGGUGGAUGUUAAUCACCGUAAAAUGACUGCAUGCCAUCAUACAGCAACACACUUAUUAAAUGGGGCCAUCCGGACGCUCUUCAAAAAGACAACAUAUCAGGUCUCUAGUGCCGUCACAAGUGACAAUUGCAAGCUGGAAGUAGGCAUAAUUGAUAAACGCAUAACAAAGGAAGAUAUUAUUCGCCUAGAGGAUUUAAUUGGACAGACUAUUAACUCGAAAGUGCCAGUGGAUGUGACGACUAUAAAUGCCAGUGAUGUAUUGCAACAAGACGACAUCACUAUGGUGCCUGGUGAAAUAUAUCCAGAGACUGGCUUGCGUUUGAUUAGCAUAAAAUGCGAACAUCCUCAAUUACAUUCAAAGGAAUUGUGCUGUGGAACCCACGUCACAAACACCCACGAAUUGGAAUAUUUCACUAUUACAAACCUUAAGCAAACCAACCGCGCACGAUUUGCUUUUACAGCAGUGGCUGGAACUGCGGCGGAAAACGCUUUAAAAACAGCAGCGCUCUUGCAACAUCGUGUAGAUAUGUUGGAUGAGCAAUUUAAGACUGAUAAGCUCACAAACGCUACAGAAAUCGAAUUACAAAAGAUACGCCAUAAUCUUUUACACACGGAAGUGGUUUUGCCAUAUGCGUUUAAAAUCGAUACGCUGGAGCGUAUCAAUGAUAUAUUGAAAAAGCUUAAGGAAACCACGCGUACAACUUUAAAGGAAUUUGUUGAGGUGGAAAUGAAAACAUUACUUCAAGAAAAAACCACGGAGACACACCCAUUCAUUGUGCACUACAUCAGAAGUUCAGUAUUGGUCGAAGAGGUGCCAUUACAAAGAGCAACAAAACUAUGCCCCGAUCGUCCGAUUCUCGUGGCCAGUAUGUGUGAGGGCAUUGUUAAAGCACGUUGUUGUGUUCCCAAGAAAUUUAUCAGCGACCAAUUUGAUGCGGAACAAUGGUUAAGGGAAUUCGCCUUGGUUUUUAAGUCACAAGUCGCUGCACCAAAGGGCCAGAAUUCAGCAGAAGUGUGCAACAUGAAAGGUAAAAAAGUGUGUACGCAGUUCGAAGAACAAUUGGAGGAGGCACUCGCCAGAGCAAAUGACUUUGCGUUUAAACGUAUUUUGUUGUGAUUUUAGUAUUAAUUUGAAAUUUGCAAAAUACUUGCAUAUAGCUGAAUUCCUAUUUGAGAUUCAAAACAAUUCUCAACCAAUAAAUAAUUUGGUUUUUUAUAGAAUAAGACGAAAAAAAAUCAAAUAAAAA